AUGCAAUUGACCUCAUUGUUGCUGCUGUCGUCCCUUGGGACUACUGUGCUCGGGAACCAUCACCAUCCGAGCCAUCCUCAGCCAACAUCACUGGCACCGGGACUUUCUCUCCAGCGUCGGGCAGAUAGUACGCAGCAUAAAUGCGGACCAGACCAGGAAUGCGAUAACGGAGCGUGUUGUGGACCGAGCAACGUCUGUGGCUUUGGGCCUGUAUAUUGCGGAGAUGGAUGUCAGUCCAACUGCAAAGCAAAAGCACCUUGUGGUCAGUAUGCGGAGGAGCCAGGUGCUGAAUGUCCUUUGAAGGUUUGCUGCAGUGAAUUCGGGUUCUGUGGCACUACGGAGGAAUUCUGUUCAGGGGGCUGCCAAUCCAACUGCGGUAAUGUCUCUCGCCCAGACAGUGGUGUCACAGAUGUUCGCCAAAAUGUCAUUGGAUACUAUGAAAUGUGGCGUGCAAAUGGAGACUCGACCGAAUGCAGCUUGACGACCGCAAUGAUACCCGAACUCAUCCCCGUUGAAGCGCUCGAUCAGCUGAAUGUGGCAUUCAUUUAUAUCAACCCGGAUGAUUACAGUGUAGCCAACAUGGACGAGGUUCCUGACAGCCUAUACCACCGUCUUGCUGAUACCAAAACUAGGAACCCCAGUCUAAAGGUCUGGGUUAGUGUUGGUGGAUGGAAAUUCAAUAAUGACGCAUACUAUCCAUCUAUGCUCACUGACAUUGCCGCAUCGACAGCAAAGACAAAGCAGUUUGCAAAAGGCCUCCUGGACUUUAUGAACAACUAUGGCUUUGAUGGUGUUGACUUAGACUGGGAGUAUCCAGGGGCCGAGGAUCGGGGAGGUCGCAAGGUUGAUGUUGAGAACUAUCCCAAAAUGCUGCAGAAAAUGAGGCGUUUUUUCGAUGUCCACGGAGGCAGCAAGGAGUUUGGAAUAUCCAUCACCGUCCCGACCUCGUACUGGUAUCUCAGAUGGUUCGAUGUCAGCGCCCUUACCCCUCAUAUUGAUUCGUUUAACUUGAUGGCGUACGACCUUCAUGGAACAUGGGACAGAAAUAAUCCGAUCGGAAACUAUGUGUAUGCACAUACAAACUUGACGGAGAUAGACUUGGCGUUGGAUCUAUUUUGGCGAAAUGACGUGCCAUCCGGCAAGAUUAAUCUCGGGCUUGCAGGACCAGGUCCAAAGGGCGAAUGCACCAAUACGAAAGGAAUACUUUCAUACACAGAGAUUCUUCAUGAGAUGGACGAAGCAGGUGUGUCCAUCGGGCAAGGAAUUACCUACGAUGAAGACGCGGCAGUAUACUACUUCAACUACGGAAAAGGGGGCAAAAAUUGGAUGUCAUUCGACGACAGCGUCUCAUUCAAGGCGAAGAUCGAUCUUGCCAAUCAACGAGGCCUUGGUGGUAUGUAUAUCUGGGCCCUUGAUCAGGACGAUAGUAGUUUGCACGCUCUCAAGGCCGUGACGGGAAAGAACUACGUUCCCACGCCUUCUCCUGAAGAAGGAUUUGGUGCGUUCGAUAUGAACGACUGCUAUAUCACAGACUGCGGGGAAAGCUGCUCGCAUGGUGAUACCACAAUGGUCAGGCUGAAUGAAAAUGAAAAUGGCAAUGGGUGCUCUGAGGGCUUUACUGGUGACAGUCAACAACGAUCUUUGUGUUGUCCCGCCAGAACAGCCCCUGAUUCAUCAACGUGUAAAUGGAGAGGAGAGCCGAAUUACUUCGGUGUUUGUCAUGCCAACUGCGAGAUUGGAGAAGUGACGAUGGCACAGGAUGACUUUGGCGGAUCUGGAUCGCAUUGCGAUACCGGUGGCCAGAAGGCUUGGUGCUGUCCCGCGACAAAUGGUCAGAAGGCUAUCCAGCACUGUGCGCUUUCAAACUACGACGAGGAUUGCCCGGACGACAGACCACAAGAGCUCACCAGAGUUUCUCCUCGAAGACUUGGUGUUAGGCUGGGAGAAUACGCUCAAAAGUUUUGUUGCCCAGCAGAUCCGGAAUACAGCAAUUGUGGAUGGCAUGGAGAAGAGACUACCUGUGAUGGCAAUACCUGUCCAGUGGGCCAAGUAGAGCUUUUCAACUGGAAUGGCCGACACAGUGGCCCUCCAUCGCCACGCCUGGGAUGCUGGGGAGGAUCAAAGGCCUCGUUCUGUUGCGACCCUCCCCUAUCCGGUGGUUCUCCAUUCCUUCCAGUUCCUCUGGAGAAUCUUUUCCCGACUGCCAACAAGUUCAGCCAUUCGGUCGACACGAUAUUCAACGAGGUCAUUGAUAAUAGCCAAGAUGAUCCGGACUCAUCCACAGUGAAUGAUCCAAAUGAUAAUGGCUUUGCUUGGAUGGUUAUGGUGGGCGAAGAAGAGGAUGUUCAAAGUUUCUCAAAGCGCGAUGGCUCACAUCUCGAGCUGUUCGACUGUCCUGAUACACACCCAGAUGAUUACUCUGUUCAAAAAGUUAGAGCUGUUUGCACUGGUGGCUCUGACAGUAAUUGCGAGGAUAUCACAAAGGGAGGCGUCGAGGGAACCGUUGUCCGGUUACCCUCUCAUUGUGGCCCCAAUGAAUGGGUUCGUGCAGUUCACUUUGAGCGGUCCACCAAUACGAGUAUCCCUGGGCAUUUGCAGAAACGAACAUCAGAAGGAGCAGCUGUAUACGACUUUCACUAUGACUAUGAAUUUCAUCUCCUUCGAAGAGAUGGCGGGGAGAUUUAUUUCCGGGCGGACAUGUCUACACAUCCGGGGUACUACAAAGAGAUUGUUGAGGAUACCCCCGGGUCUCCGGUAAAGCGCGAUGCAAGUAACUGGAGAUCCCUGGACCGUCGUUGGUGGGCCGAGAAUGACAAAGAGUCCUGGCGGAAGCGGUUCCAAAACAUGUUGAAGAACGACAAAUCCGGGCUGAAGAAGCACUACGAGUACAGUCAGUGCCUGAUGGAUGUCUCUGCGCAGUGCAAGCAGGGUACUGUCCAGUCCAAGGCAAGUGUCUAUGGCAAGCUGGAUACAACAAUGGACAUGGGCAUGUCAUUCAUUGGAACACUCCGCAACUUCGCAUUCAGCGAGGCAUAUUCCUUCUUCGGCCAGAAGGACUUCAAUGCCACCAUGGGAGUGGGCGUAGAAGCCUAUGCGAAAAUGCAGUUCUCAAGUGGUUAUGUGCCAGUGGGGAGCUUUGACAGUUUCGGGGGAAACUACUUUAUCAAGGGCAUCUUCAAGGUCAAUCCAUAUUAUCAGGUUGAGGCACAAGUGCAGGCUGAUAUCAUACUUGCUGCCCAAGCGACGGCAGAGGUUGCUAUAUAUCAUCCGCGUUAUUGGUAUUUCUUGCCAGAUACGAUGAGCAGUAGCAUGCCAGAGCAGCCCGCUGGGAACUUCGACCUGACCGCAACAAGUGGGCCUGUUGCCGCGAUUGGAGACAUCACGGCCAAGACAGGAGGCAACCUCGCCGUUUCGUUAAGACCUACUAUUGGAGUUGAUAUUGGUUUGUAUAUUCCCCAGAAGAAGACGACGGAGGACUUGAUGCAUACUUCCAUCAAGCUGUCCACACAGGCAGACUUUGAGUUUGGGGUAGCCGCAUCUGCGGGAACUUCCUGCACAGGCAUUGACCUGUCUCUCAAGGCUGAUGUUGAUGUUCAGCUUGACGUACAGAGUGCAAUUUCGGAGUGGAACAGCAACAACUACACAUUCAACGCACCCAAGAUGAGACAGGUCUACGAGGAUUGUCUUCCCUUGCCUGACUUCUCCAAGCGGUCUAUUGACGAUGAUCACCAUCUACAUAUGGGAAACACCAGUCUUGCUCGCCGGGCAGCUGGUCUGGAUAUACCAGACUCAUCGAGCAGUACCUGUGCAUUCUCCACUCGAGGGGUUUACUGCGCAGAAGAUGAAACCGAGGACUCUCCCAGCCCCAAAUGUGACAUCAACGACCUUUCGGAUGAUGAUGAUGAUGAAGAAGACAGAAUCUCAGUCAUAAAACGAAGCGGCAAGCCCGAUUUCUCUUAUUGUAGGAAUCCGCGGAAGGGAGACACGUGGGAGGGUUUCCUCGACCCGGCCGAUGAAAGCUGUGUGAUUAGAUUCCCAACUUUCCCUUCCUCCGGAGACUUGGUGGAGAAGAAGGGGGUUCAAAACGUGGUCUCAUAUGAUGGCCUCAACUGGAAUGACUGCAAUGACUAUAGCUUUGGUGUUGUUCCCACGCCUGCAAAGCCAGGAACAGACAAAAGAGUAUUUGCCAGUGAGCAUGUGCUCGAGGUUCAAAUGUUACCACAGUUCUUUCAAGAAUAUUCAAAACGAUGGUCCAACCUGGAAGGUCAGAAGACAAAUCCCGACGCCCGUUCGCUCCCGGAUCCGUUGGGCGGCACAGACGAGCUCACCUUCUGUGAAUACAUGCCGAUCUGGUGGGGAUUUGAAGGGAGUCGGGGUGAAAGAAGAAAAAACUUCAUUGGAAAUGAUUAUGUUGCUAAGGCAUACCCUAGCAAUGAGGAGUACAUAGAUGAAUGGAUCCUUUUGCCCGGUGACCUGAAUUCGGGAACAAAGGCGGGAUGGUUCUCUGGCACCACAUUGGCGGGGACCACAAAGCUCGAGAAGUGUAAAAUAGGAAAGGAAAAAUACAAUGCGUGCUUGAGAGUUCUCAAGAAGCAUAUUCUUGUCUGGAAAUAUCUUGGAACGCCUGAAAUCCAGACGACGCUUAUAAAGCAGGUCAACCGGGUUGCCGACAGACUGAAGAAAGCUGAAAACGGUCUUCUUGAACAUCAUCUUCGGAAUGCCCCAAAUUCGAGAAUCACAGAGCCAUACAAACCGCUGGAGCUCGCAGACGAAUGGAACAAGUGGGUCAAAAGACGGUACGCGGAGGUCGAGGAUUCAGUCUAUGUUUUUCUGGACAAGUGGACAAACACAUUUUACGAUAUGAACCGGCCUCAGAAUCAGAAUGGCCAACUUCCUCCAGGUCAACGCGUCCAGAAAAAUAAAGACGUCAUCAAGAUGAUGGAGAAUCUGCAAAGUGAGUUUAGAGGUCUUCAGCGAUGGAACAUCAACUGGGACAGGAAGGAUACCAAUGGUGAUCCCAUUAUGUGAGGGACAGCUUUACUCAAACAUUUGUGGGGAGCAUAUAGCACAUCUAUCGAUCGCAACAGUAAAUUAUCACCCAGGCUUUGCCAUAAGUAGCCUUUAUAUUUUUGGGCA